AUUAGGUUUCUCCCUAUUCUCUACCUCGUUCUGUCUCUGAGUACGUGGGGUCAUUUGCAAGUGCAGCUUAUUAAAUAAUUUCCGUCUGGACCUCUACCUCCAACUGAUGUGGUACUGACCGACGGACCGAUGAAAAGGACACCGUCAUCCUCAACGCCGCUCUCUCCGCGCUCCACUUUGAUAGUUCCAUCUUCCUUCUUUUACGCCUGUUUCCGACCAACCGAGGAAUGAAUAUUCCAUUUGAAUUUAUUGUUUGAAUACUUGACUCCGGUCUCGACUUUGCAAAAUCUGAUUGCUUGUCAUCAUUUCUCGGCCUUCACGACAGCUACAGCGUCAUGUACCCGAGAGGACUAUGAGCAUCUGUCAGCUACACUUCGGUCAAACUUUUGAAAGUAGAAACAUCGGGUUUUACGAUUAUGGCGUCCAAUUCUUCUGAUCAACCAGCUGCAGCGUUGGAGAACGUUCCACGCAGCAUCACCUUGCACGUACUCUGCCCGUCUCUACCCAAUCGCUUCACCUUCGAUGAUCUUCCCCUCUCUACGACUGUGGCUGGUCUCAAGGCUCGCUUGACCGAAUCAAUACCAAGCCGUCCAGCGCCGAGUAACCAGAGAUUGAUAUGGCGCGGAAGGGCACUUUCAGACGAUGCUAUGACACUGGAAAGUGUCCUGGGCCCCACGGAUAGUACCGAAUAUUCCAUGCAUCUUGCUCUUCCACCGCCCUCCACCGUAACCUUUACUCCAUCCGCUUCCGACCCCCCUGCAACUGGUCGCCUACCAGACCCUUUUCUCAAUAGAGCAUGGUCUUCUGCACUUCCGACUCUUCCGACUUCUACUCAGAGUUUCGGACAAAGGGGCUCGAUACCUGCUGGCGUACCACAUGAAGCUGAGAUCGGACUUGCCCUUCAGCGGGUCGCAACCUCAACUCCCUCCGUGGAUCAAGCAGGCGCACAACAGCGGACGGGUGUCUUUCAGUCGGGUUACCCUCCUGCGAGAUGGUCAACAAGAGUCCAUGGGCCACUGGGCCCUUCAGACCUUCCCCAACCCCGAUCUUGGCCCGCUGGUCAUUUGCCGUCCACGGGGACUCAGGCCACGAAUCUCCGUGCUCGUCUAGAUGUCCUACAGCUACAGGUAAACUAUGCCGAGGACCAGCUUCAACUGGGAAUCGCACCUCCGGCAGAACGAAUCAUUCGUAUUCGUAAUCAGCUUUGUGAGAUGCUAGACGAUCUCUACAGUGAUCCACGUGCAGAACGCAACGGAAACAUUGAAGCGUUGCUUUCUCGUAUUUUUAACGUCUACACUCGCGCGGAUCAACUUCGCAUCACGCAGUCUAGAUUGCAACCCUCUCUCCUCGCUCCCAACGCUUCUGCAAACGCGGAACCGGCGCGCCCUCCUCUGUACCUUCUAUCGUCACCAGGUGGAUAUCAAGCUCUAGUCGCGUCUCCGGGCGCGACAAACUCGAUUCAGGCGUCGCUUGCUUCCUUCCAUGCGUCGCAGACUCCUGAGUUUACACCCAUGCAGGCUCCAGCUCAACCAGCCGGAUUCGGAGCCAAUCAGGAGGCUGUAGUUCUGGAAAAUGUUGUUCGGCAAGCUGUGCUAAACCAGCGAGCGGUGAACAAUGGACCGGUUGAUCUUUCCAGGUAUAUUAGACGCAUCUGGCUCUUCGUCCGGCUGUACUUUCUAUGCUACAUGUUCAGCGAGCCAGGAACCUGGUUGCGAGUCUUAUAUGUUACGCUAGCCGUGGUUGCCUCUCUUCUUUCCGAGACCAGAAUUCCGCGGCAGCUGUUCAAUAUGACAGUCGCUCCUCUCCAGCGUCACCUUGAGGGAUUGUUACAUGUAGCUCCUGAUGCUGCUGGCGAUAAUGGCGCUCAGGCUGCCGCGAACGGCACUGGCAUGCUCAACGACAAUCGUGCCAGCCUGCCCGGUCAGCUUCGCCAGGGUGUCCGGCGAUUGGAACGAUCUGCAGCGCUGUUCGUUGCCAGUUUGGUUCCCGGGGUGGGCGAAAGACAGAUUGAAGUGCGAAAUGCAGCCGAGGCAGCCCGUAACGCGCAGCUCGCACGAGAAGAAGAGGAGCGUCGCAGACAGCAGGAGACGGCGAACGACAGCGAGAACAGUGCGGAGCGGCAGGAGUCUCAUGAGGAAGCGAACGGCGCAAACGAGCGCGUCGAGCCAGCCGAACAGAACACUAUGACUACUAAUCAAUCCGAGCCUUUGAUACCCCUUGAGCCUGACGAAUGAGCGAGCAGUUUCUCUUUUUUGACUUUGACAUUAGCGUUGAGUUACCGCAUGAGCGUUUUACCUAGCCUGCAUUUUGAUUAUUCUGAUGUAGAAUAGCACAUACGUCGAAAUGCAUUGACAUCUUUACCUCAAUA